AUGACAGGAUUAUCUCAAGAACAAUUGGAAACGUUUGAUCGUGAAGGCAUGCUUUGUCUUCCUGAUUUUCUCACUCCAGAACAAACUCAAUCAUUAUUAUCUCAUGCCAAAGAACUCCUUUCAAAAUGUGAUCUAUCCACCCAUCCCAGAACACAAUUCAAAACUAGUGAUAACGAUCAUAUUGGAGAUGAAUACUUUUUUAAUUCCUCAGAUAAGAUUAGUUAUUUCUUUGAUACUGAUGCUUUUGACGAAGAUGGACAAUUGAAAUAUCCUAUCGAACAAGCAAUUAAUAAAAUCGGACAUGGAUUACACAUGAAAGACUCCAUAUUCCAUCAAGUUACAUUUUCGACUAAGAUGAAAGAAAUAGCAAGGUCUUUGGGAUUUGAAGAUCCUCGCGUAUUACAAAGUAUGUGUAUUUUCAAACAACCCGUUUCUGACAAAGAAAUCGAACGAGACAAUGCAGUCCCUCCACAUACAGAUGCUACUUUCUUAUUUACCCAUCCUCAAACUGCAAUUGGGUUCUGGAUAGCUUUGGAAGAUUGUACCCCUGAAAAUGGGUGUUUGUCAUAUAAUCCAGGCACACAUAAGACCCAUCCCGUGACUAAGAGAUUUGUGAAAGUGGACGGCGGUGCCAAAGGAUGUAGCUUUAUCAAAGUUGGAGAAGAGGUCGAAGGGUUGAAAGAUGAUCCAGAUGAUUAUAAACUUGUGCCAUGUAAAGCAGGAUCAUUGGUUCUUAUUCAUAAUUCAGUAUUGCAUAAAUCCGAGAAGAAUAGAUCUAAUAAAUCUCGAUAUGCAUAUACAUUCCAUGUUAUCGAUGGGACUGCACAGUAUGAUGAGUUGAAUUGGUUACGAGUUCCCCCUGAUGCCACCAACGGCACCGAGUUUUCGAAAUUAUACGAAGAAUAA